CGAGAUAAUUAAACGAGAGUAAUCCAUGUGUCAAGAGGUCAAGCGUGACCUCUCCCACACCGUCCAUGGCGUCCAUCCCCCUCCUCAAUCCGCGGGCGACCUCUCAGCCGCCCGCAACCCUCGCGGCGCGCAUUUCAAUCAUCGUCGUCUCCACCAUCCGCCGAUUCGUCUCAAACACCGGCGAGACGGCGAGCAGCCAGCGAACGUCGUCGCGAUGCCGCCGAGCAAGCUCCGCAAGGCGAUCGGCGCGGUGAAGGACCAGACGAGCAUCGGGCUGGCCAAGGUCGGGAGCGGCGGCGCGGCGGCGUCGGAGCUGGACGUGGCCAUCGUCAAGGCCACCAGGCACAGCGAGAGCUUCCCCGCCGACGAGCGCCACGUCCGGGAGGUGAUCGCGCUCACGCUCCACUCCCGCGCCUACGUCGGCGCCUGCGUCGCGUCGCUGUCGCGCCGCCUGGGGCGCACCCGCAGCUGGGCCGUCGCGCUCAAGACGCUGGCGCUCGUCCACCGCCUCCUCGCCGACGGCGACCAGGCGUUCGAGCAGGAGGUGUUCUACGCCACGCGCCGGGGGACGCGCAUGCUCAACAUGUCCGACUUCUGCGACCACUCCCGCACCGACGCCUGGGACUUCUCCGCGUUCGUCCGCACCUACGCCGCCUACCUCGACGACCGGCUCGAGUACCGAAUGCAGGCCAAGCACGGCGGCGCGGCGCGCCCUGGGCAGCCGCUCCGCGAGCAGCUGUACGCGUCCCCCGGGAACCGCUUCAACUACGACGACUUCAUCAUGAGAGACGACGAGGCCGACAAGGCGGUGGCGCUCGUGGCGAGGGAGACGCCGACGAGCGAGAUGACGCUGGAGCAGCUCCUCGCCAAGGCGCAGCAGCUGCAGCACCUGCUCGACCGGUUCAUCGCCUGCCGCCCCGUCGGCGCGGCGAAGACGAACCGGGUGGUGUCGGUGUCGCUGUACCCGCUGGUGAAGGAGAGCGUGCAGCUCUACUGCGAGCUCACGGAGGUGAUGGCGGCGCUCGUCGAGCAGUUCCCGGAGAUGGAGGCCGACGACUGCGAGCGCGUGCACGCCGUCUUCUGCGGCCUCGCCAAGCAGCUCGACGAGCUCGAGGCGCUCUACACGUGGUGCAAGGACGCGUACGUGUGCCGCCAGUCCGACGUCCCGGAGGUGGAGCUCAUCACGCAGAAGAAGCUGGAGCUCAUGGACGAGUUCGUCCGGGACAGGCGCGCCGCCGCGGCGCAGUCGCCGGAGCCACCCAGGCGAGAGGCGUCCCCCGUUGUAGAGGACGACGUGAGCGCCACCAAGGCCCUUCCGGCGCCGGAGGAGCCGGUUGCUGCGGCGCAGGAGGAGCAGAACGCCGGGGAGACGGUGCCUGCUGAGCCGGAGGCGCCACCGCUCAUCGCCGACGGCGACGCCGACUUCCUGAACCUGAAGGGGGACGCCAUGUCCGGCGAAGAGCACGGGCGGCAGCUGGCGCUCGCCCUGUUCGACGGUAACCCGGCCGGGUCGGCGCCGGCGCCCGACGCGUUCGACCCCUCGUCGACGGACUGGGAGACGGCGCUGGUCCAGUCCGCGAGCGCGCUCGCCCACCAGCGCGCCGAGCUCGGCGGCGGCCUCAGCAUGCUGGUGCUCGACGGGAUGUACAGCCAAGCGGCGGCGGCGUCGACGGCCGCGAACGCGCAGGCGUUCUCCGGCAGCGCGAGCAGCGUGGCGAUGCGGCCGCCGGGGGCGCCGAUGCUCGCGCUGCCCGCGCCACCCGGGACCAGCGGCGCCAGCGGCGACCCCUUCGCGGCGUCCAUGGCGGUGGCGCCGCCGGCGUACGUGCAGAUGUCGGACAUGGAGACGAAGCAGCAUCAGCUGGUGGAGGAGCAGAUGGUGUGGCAGCAGUACGGCAAGAACGGCAUGAGUGGGCAGGGCGCGCUCGCCAUGCUCGAGCAGCAGCGGCCACCGCAGCAGCAGAUGCAGAUGCAGAUGCUGCCCAAUGGGGGUUACAAUUACGCAGGGUAUCAUCGGAGUUCUUAGGUUGAUCACUUGGAGAGAUGUUCUCGUCGUUUUUCUUGUUAUAAAGAUGUUAAUUAUGUUACACUUUUCGAGUAAGCAAUUUCCAAACAUGUAGCGUAGUUUGCAUUGCGAUCUCGAGAGCGCCAGAUUAGUUUGCAUAUUUUCUGCCUCUGGGCUGCACGUCAUCGCUCUGUUCUUGGUGCCCAUUGUACGUGCAAUUUCAGACCUAACUUGCGCGGUGUUUCGACCCAAAUGUGCCGGUCCGU